AUGGCAGUGGUUGUAAUCUACGCGCUCGAGCCUAUAACGCUGCUUCUAGCUGAAGACCACCUCCGCUACGGUCUCGACGCUACGGUUAUGACCAUUUUGCUGGCCGUCAGCAUCGUUUUUCUUGGAAUCUUCAUGGUAGUGGUGUUGCUAGGCAUGCUUCGGAAACGACCAACCUUGCUCUUGGUUUACCUUGGUUUUCAGAUCGUCUGCAUCCCGUUAAUAGUAAGGCAUUCACUUGCGUGGACUCCAGAAUUACACUACACGACGAGGAUGAAGGUUUUUGAAGCCUUGAUUAUCCCAACGCAGCUCCUAUCGGCCAUUAUGGCUCUGUUCAACAUUUCGGCGAUGAAUGCGUGUCGACGUUGCUAU